GUUGUCACGGAGCUCUGUUGUUGUGAUGUUGUGUUGUUGCUUGUCGUCAACCCCUUUAUAUGGCUGGCUGUUUUAAUCCAUAAUUUUGUGUGUCGUGUCGGACGCUGGUGCCCUAAGUGUUGUUUGAAUAUGUGACAGGUCAAGGUGGACAUUUGCAUUUUAUUUCUGUCAUAAGAAAGGGGGGGAUUUUAUGUUACAAAAGGUCCCAGUUGGUUGGUGUAGUGAAGAGACUCAGUUGUGGAACCCGUGUUUGUGCGAGUUUCGAUCAGCCUCUUCUGCUAGGGGUUCGGGAGUCUCCCGUUUUUAUAGUUUUAUUUCCCCGUCCUCUAAAUCUUCAAUUCGAUGUGUAACAAUAUGAAGGAGAACGACGAGAGGGCUCCUCUUAUAGAGGAAACGAAGGAGAUUCUCAAUCCGUUUGUACAUCGGCUGGAGCUCAACACAGCAUAUGACAAGUUCAAGCUUGUGUUCAUGUCUGUGUUCGUAGUCCCACUGCGGGUGAUCGGCAUCAUGUUCUGCUUGCUCGUGGCCUACGUGCUCGCUUCCUCUGGUCUGUACGGUCUGUCGAGGCAAGACCUGGCUGCUAGGCCGAUGAGUGGAUGGAGGCGGAAUAUCAGAUGGUAUAUGGGCCUUUGCGGUAGAAUGAUGAUGAGAUGCUUUGCAUUCCAAUGGGUGGGAAUCAAAGGCCGUAGGGCAACCCGAGCCGAAGCACCUAUCAUUAUUGUUGGCCCUCAUAGCAGUUUCCUUGAUGCCAUAGCAGUGUUCUGGUCCAAUGUCCCAUGUCUGGUGAAUCGGAUCGAGAACCUUCAGCUUCCGCUCUUUGGCAAAUAUAUAGACUAUACACAGCCUGUCUAUGUAUGGCGUGAAGACACUAAUUCCCGUCAAAAUACCAUUCAGGAAAUUAAACGCAGAUCCAUGAGUGAUGAAGAUUGGCCUCAGGUAAUGAUAUUUCCAGAAGGUACGUGUACCAAUCGAUCCUGCCUAAUCACUUUCAAACCUGGUGCAUUUUAUCCUGGUGUACCCGUCCAGCCAGUCAUUAUUCGGUAUAAUAACCGUACCGACUCCUUUACUUGGACUUGGGAUGGGCCUGGAGCGUUAAAGAUGCUUUGGGUAACCCUGUGUCAGUUCCACAAUUAUGUUGAGCUGGAGUAUUUACCAGUGUACACUCCAAAUGAAGAGGAGAAAAUGGACGCCAAGCUAUUUGCCAGUAAUGUUCGACAAGUAAUGGCUGAUGCAUUGGGAGUGCCAGUUGCCGAUUACACAUAUGAUGAUUGUCGUCUGAUGCAUAAGGCAAAGCUCAAGAAUCUGCCAUGUCAGACUGGACUCAUAGAAUUCCAGAAGCUGCGACAUCGUCUUGGGCUUAAUUUAAAGAAUGUUGAGGAGGAGCUCCUGAGCCAAUAUGCUGAUAUUGCAAUCAGUAAUGGUCAGAUUACUCUCCAAGACUUUGCCAAGUAUCUUGGCAUCCCAGAGUCUGAGCCUGCAUUGAUUGAUCUUUUCAAGUUAUAUGAUAAGGAUAACUCGGGAACCAUAGAUUUUCGAGAGUACCUGAUAGGAUACUGCCAGUAUUCCCAGCCAGCCAAUACUGAAGACACACUGAAACUGGCCUUCAAGCUGUUUGAUAGAGGUGGAAAAGGGCGAAUUCUCCUUGAUGACCUCAUGAAGGCACUGAAAGCCUCACUGGAUAUGACGUCUGAAGAAACGACAAGAAUAUUUAAGCAAGCAGAUCAGGACAACAAAGGAUAUAUCACAUUUGAGGACUUUGAAGCUCAUGCAAAGAGGAAGCCAGAGUAUGCCAAAAUAUUUUUGACAUACCAAGAAAGUGUCAAGAAUGGCACCAGAUCUCGCUUUGCUCAUCAAGCACCUGUAGGCAAGGAGAAAGCAGAGUAGAUGUGCACUUUCAGCACUGCAGUGUUGUAUGAUUUUCUGCAUAUUAUUGAGAUGGGAUGGCACAGCCAGGUGUGUUGUUCUAUUGAAAAUAUGCAUAACAGUGGUAAAGGCAGUGGUUAAUUAUCAUUGUAAGUGAAUAAUUUUGUUUCAAUGUAAGUUUGAAUGUAGAAAAUUAGAAGGAAAAUCCAUGAACUUUAUUUUUGGUAUAAGCUUUUGGAAAGGUAUGUAUGACUAUCUAUCCAAAGUGUAAAUUUGUAGAUAUUUUGCUCUGUGGAAAUUCUCCUUUUGUAGGUAGUUAUUUUACCUCACUUGUUUUAAGAUUUGACACAGCCUUAAUUAAGGAUGCUUUUUCUCCAAAUACAGGAUGCCACCAUAUAUAUCAAAGAUAACCAAUGUUAUUCUUCUUUAAGUAAAACUUGAGAGAUUGAUGUGAAAGGCCACCCUAGACAAUAAUUGUUUGUUUUACCAAAGAACUGAACACUUUUAACUCUUGAGGUACUAUUUUAGAUGGUGAUUCCCACAUCACCUAGACACAAGCUCAUAAGACCAAGUAUUUUUAACAUUCACAGAGUAUGAUAUGGCAUAAGUCAUGCUGGACAGUUUUUCAGUGCAGCGUAGGAUUUUCUCGUCUGUAAUAAUUGUUUAUUUUUCUAGAAAAAAUUUUAUGCUUUUUUGAGUUCUGAAGUUUUUAUUAAGUGACACGGAGGAGAAAAACUAAUAAAAGGAUCAAGACCAGAAAAUGUUUCAGAGAUGAAAUAAAAUUCUCAAGUUCAAGGCUUGUUCUUUAAAAUGAGGUUUAAUCAAUCUAUCUCAAGGAUUUUAUUUGCAGUUUCACAAAUUAAGAAAAAAAGUGUCGGCAUUUUUGCUUUUAGCAAUUUCAGGUUCCCUUGAGAUCUUUUUUGACUGUGGGGUUGGUGUAAGUUAGUAAUGAUGAGAAUGAGUUUUUCUUGUAUAAUGAAAAGGAAUCAUAGAUAGAAAAUUUCAGUUUACGAAUAGUCUAUGGAAAAUACUGUUGUUCUUUGGCCAAUCCCAGUAAGAAUGCUUUGAAGUAAUCAAUAGAGAUCUAACUUAGUGCCAUAGGUAAAAAGGUUUGACUUAUAGUCCUUUUUCAUGGUUUCAUGAAUUGUAGAAGUAAAUGUUCUAUGAGAUCAAGAUUAAACCCAUAAUUCAUCUUAAACAAUUGCAGUUCUAUUUUGACUGAUAUUUUAAAGCUCUUCAACUAUAUUAAAGCGUAAAAAGUUGUUUAUAUCAGGGUCUCUGUAGAGAGAAAAUCUGUUCUGUUUGGUUUGUCAUGGAUCUUGGCAUAAUAUGACUUUGUAUUGAUAAUGAAUAUCGAACCAGGAUGUUAUUACAGUAUCUAGUAAGAAAAGAGAUGCAUCAUGGAUGUUUGACAAUACGUAGUAAGGUGGAAUUCCAGAAAUGAUUGUAGAAAUCUUUUUUCUGGAAAGCUUAUUGCUCCUGACAGUAAAUAUCAAAACACUUUUGCUCAUUAGAUAGAUAUCUAACCUAAGAGUCAUUUAAUUUUCAAUAGAAAAUAUUCUUAGAAACAAUCCAUGAUUGUAAUUAGUAUUUAUAUUUUUAGACCUUGUUUCAUGGAGCAUAACAAAGUACAUUUCAUUCUUUAGUAUAGUCUUUUUAAGAAUAAAUUGUUCUCAGUGGAUAUUUUCAACAUAUUUCUCUUUUGUUAUUUUUUUACCACAGUUAAUGCAUGUGGUUAUAGAUAGCCUUUAUAAGGCGUUUUGUCUUUGUGCUGUUAAGAUCUACCACUCGCUGGCUAAGGGCCAUUUGAGUUUGAAUGUACAGUAGUUUAUUAGCACAGGUUCAGAGCAGCUGCAAGCCAACGUUACUAAAUAUAAUGAUAAUGCUAAAGUUAUUGCUGAAAGUAUUUUGCAUCUAACUUGUAAUUAGCUAGUGCAAAAAUAUGUGAAAAUUUUCAAGGUUAGCCUGUGGGCCAAAUAUUAAUGCAUAAUGUUGCCUUUAGAAAUAUUUCCAUGUACAUACAGUAUUAGCAAAUUUUCGAAGUACUAGACAGAAUUGCAUAGGCAGUGAAUCAAAUAUCCUUCAAAGUUCUCUUCAUUAUACUAUUGUAGCUCAGGAAACUUUGUUUUGGUUAAAAAGGGAAUUUAGAUUAUUUUAGUACUGCAUUUUAAGAAAUAAUUAUAUUCAAUUAUGCUAAUCUAGUAAAGACAAUACAACAGCAAGUUUUUUUGUUACUGACGUGACUGAUGUAGUCUAGUUCUGGUGCCAAAUUAUAACAGGUUGCUGUGAUUUGAUGCUUUAUACUGUUGUAGGAAUUAAAGUUACAGUAAUCUACCAGUUUUUCUCCAUAAUCAUUACUGUAGAGAUAAAGUUAUUAGGUAUGGUUCAGCUACAUUUCAAGUGUUAUUAAAAUACAGAAGGAUUAUUGUAAGUCUUACAAUAGAUAGACUAGGGAAUCAGUAUUGUGUGUCAUUUAUCAUUAGAGGAUAAUAUCCACAUUAAUGGUAUAAUCUAGAGAAAAGACCAUUCUUAUGCUCACAGAAACUAAUGUAGAGUUCUUAUGCUUUACUAUGCCAUUCAUAGAAAAUGGCUUAUCAGCCCGUUACUGUUUUGGAGAUAGAUAGCUGUGAUAAAAAUUUAUUAUAAUAAUCCCUGAGGGAAGAUACUAGGCAUGUAGAACCAAAUAAUUUCCUCCUUUUUUAUCAAAUUAAUUGAAAACCAUCUUCAAAUUAAAUUUUUCAAGAAAUGUGCCAUGAACAGUGGUAUAUAAAGCAUAACUGGGUGGACUGAAGCUGAAGCCUUGAAGAUUCCAGUGAUGUCAAAUGACAUGUAAAUUUCGUUCUUUGAGAUUACGAUCAAGUAACAAGGUGUCAUCUGUAAGAGAAAAUGAACCAUA